UAAGAUAAUACAGAAAAGAAAACUUCAAAAGCAUUGCUUUGUUACUGUCACAGAUUAUUAUUAUUUUCCUUUUCUCUGCGUUUUGUUUUUGUGGGAGCAUGGGUUCUUCUGUUGUUCGAGUUGGAUCAUCUUUUUCUGAUCCUAACUGCAAUUAUGAUUAUGAUGUGUUUUUUAGUUUUAGAGGAGAGGAUACUCGCUCCAAUUUCAUCAGUCAUCUUCAUAUGGCCUUGCGUCUAAAAGAAGUCAAUGUUUUCAUAGACGACAAACUCAAAAGGGGUGAGCAAAUUUCUGAGUCUCUUCUUAAAUCUAUAGAGCGAUCUAGACUUUCCCUCGUUAUUUUCUCAAAAGAUUAUGCAUCUUCAACUUGGUGUUUGGAUGAACUGGUGAAAAUAAUUGAGUGUAAGAAAUCCAAAGGACAAGCAGUUUUGCCGGUGUUCUACAAGGUGGAUCCGUCUGAAGUUCGAAAACAAACCGAUUGGUUUGGGGAAGCAUUGGCCAAACAUGAAGCUAAUAAGUUAUUGACCAACAAGAUUCAACCAUGGAAGGAAGCUUUGACUUUUGCUGCUGGUUUGUCUGGUUGGGAUCUAGCAAAUAGCAAGGAUGAGGCUGAACUUAUCCAAGAAAUUGUUAAACGAGUAUUGUCUAUAGUAAAUCCAAUGCAAUUACUACAUGUAGCCAAACAUCCAGUUGGAGUUAAUUCUCGACUAAGGAAAAUUGAGGAGUUGGUCUCUCAUAUUGGGUUCGAGGGUGUUAACAUGGUGGGGAUGUAUGGCAUUGGAGGCAUUGGUAAGACCACUUUGGCUAAGGCUUUGUACAAUAAAAUUGCUACCCAAUUUGAAGGAUCCUGCUUUCUACUAGAUGUUAGACGAGAAGCUUCAAAGCAUGGGCUCAUUCAACUACAGAAAACCUUACUCAAUGAGAUCUUAAAGGAGGAUUUGAAGGUUGUCAAUUGUGAUAAAGGAAUUAACAUCAUAAGGAGUAGACUGUGUUCAAAGAAAGUUCUUAUAGUUCUUGACGAUGUGGAUCAUCGUGAUCAAUUAGAAGCAUUGGUUGGUGAGCGCGAUUGGUUUUGUCAAGGUAGUAAAAUCAUUGUGACGACAAGGAAUAAACAUUUACUUUCUAGUCAUGGUUUUGAUGAAAUACACAAUAUUCUAGGAUUGAAUGAAGACAAAGCUAUUGAGCUUUUUAGUUGGCAUGCUUUCAAGAAAAAUCAUCCAUCAAGUAAUUAUUUCGACCUUUCAGAACGUGUUACAAGUUAUUGUAAAGGUCAUCCUUUGGCUCUCGUUGUUUUGGGUUCUUUCCUUUGUAACAGAGAUCAAGUAGAAUGGUGUAGUAUUUUAGAUGAAUUUGAAAACUCUUUGAACAAAGAUAUCAAAGAUAUUCUUCAAUUAAGUUUUGAUGGGCUCGAAGACAAAGUAAAGGAUAUCUUUCUUGAUAUUUCUUGUUUACUUGUGGGAGAGAAAGUUGAGUACGUUAAGGAUACGUUGAGUGCAUGCCAUGUAAAUCUAGAUUUUGGAAUUAUAGUACUCAUGGAUCUUUCACUUAUUACGAUUGAAAAUGACCAAGUGCAAAUGCAUGAUUUAAUAAAACAGAUGGGUCAUAAAAUAGUUUGUGGUGAAUCUCUUGAGCUUGGAAAAAGGAGUAGAUUAUGGUUGGAGAAAGACGUUUUGGAGGUGUUUAGUAGCAAUUCAGGAACAAGUGCAAUUAAAGCCAUAAAAUUGGAGUUCCAUAAUCCCACAAGGCUAAUUGUAGAUCCACAAGCUUUUAGAAACCUGAAAAAUUUGAGAUUGCUUAUCGUUCGAAAUGCAAGAUUUUGUGCAAAGAUAAAGUACCUUCCCGAAAGCUUAAAGUGGAUUGAGUGGCAUGGAUUUUCUCAACCAUCUUUGCCUUCGCACUUCAUUGUGAAAAAUCUUGUUGGACUAGAUUUGCAACAUAGCUUCAUCAAAGACUUUGGGAACAGACUUAAGGUUGGUGAAUGGUUGAAGCAUGUUAAUCUUAGCUAUUCUACGUCAUUGAAGAAAAUUCCCGAUUUCUCUGCGGCAUCGAACCUUGAAAAAUUGUACUUAAGGGAUUGCACAAAUUUAAGAACAAUUCAUAGGUCCAUUUUUUGUCUUGUGAAGCUUACUCUCCUGUGCCUUAGUGGUUGCUGUAUGAUUAAAAAACUUCCGACAAGUUGUUUCAAGUUAUGGUCUCUUAAACAUUUGGAUCUCUCUGGUUGCACAAAACUUGAGAAAAUUCCAGACUUUUCCUCUGCAUUAAACCUCGAAAUUUUGCAUCUCAGUCGAUGCACAAAUUUGAGAACAAUACAUAACUCUGUUUUUUCUCUUCAUAAGCUCAUUUCCCUAUAUCUUGACUUUUGUUCCACUCUUAAAACGCUUCCAACAAGCUGCUUCAUGUUAACGUCUCUCAACACUUUGACUCUUUAUUCCUGUCAAAAACUUGAGGAAGUUCCAGACUUGUCCUCCGCAUCAAACCUUAACAGUUUGAAUGUCGAAAAAUGCACAAAUUUAAGAGGGAUUCAUGAGUCUAUUGGAUCAUUGGAUAGGCUUCAAACUUUGGUCUCUAGGAAAUGCACUAACCUUGUAAAGCUUCCAAGCAUCCUCCGGUUAAAGUCUCUGAAGCAUUUAGAUCUUUCCUGGUGUAGUAAGCUUGAAAGUUUCCCAAUAAUUGAUGAAAACAUGAAAUCUUUAAGGUUUCUGGAUUUGAGUUUUACUGCAAUAAAAGAUUUACCUUCAUCAAUUGGAUAUCUUACCGAGCUCCCUCGAUUAAACCUUGGCAAUUGCACAAGCCUCAUCUCCCUUCCCAAAACAAUUUCUUUGUUAAUGUCCUUGUUGGAUCUUGAAUUAAGGAAUUGCAGGUCUCUUCAAGAAAUUCCAAACCUUCCUCAAAAUAUACAGAAUUUGGAUGCCUAUGGCUGUGAAUUGUUGACUAAAAGUCCAGAUAACAUUGUGGAUAUAAUAUCACAAAAACAGGACCUCACAUUGGGUGAGAUUUCAAGAGAGUUCUUAUUAAUGGGCGUUGAGAUUCCAAAAUGGUUCAGCUAUAAGACUACAUCAAAUUUGGUGAGUGCUAGCUUUCGUCACUAUUCAGACAUGGAAAGAACUUUGGCUGCAUGUGUUAGUUUCAAAGUGAAUGGAGAUUCAUCUAGAAGAAUUUCAUGCAAUAUAUUCAUCUGCAAUAGAUUCCACUGUUCAUUUUCAAGACCAUUUCUUCCAUCAAAAUCAGAGUACAUGUGGUUAGUAACAACUUCUCUGGCAUGGGGCUCCUUGGAUGCGCAGGAUUGGAAUAAAGUUGUGGUUCUGUUUGAAGUUGAUGAUGAGGUUAAUCUGAGUAUAAGAAGCUAUGGUGUCCAUGUCACUGAAGAGUUCAAUGGGACACAAACAGAUGUCAAGUGGCCAGUGGUAAAUUAUGGUGAUUUUUAUCAACCGGAGAAAUUGCAAAAUCUGGAUAUUGAGGAUAUUCUUGUCAAACGUUUAUUUGAUGAACUCUCCUACUUGUCAAAUUGCAAAGCAGUGUUGCAUGCAGGAAGUUAUGAUCCAAUAGUAAUAACCGAUUCCAACAUACAACCUAUGAUUUUCCCAUUGCAUGUAACAUAUAGUGGUUAUACAGUGAUAAGCGGAAUGGAAGGCAUGGGAAAAACUGCACUCGCAAAUUCUCUACGCAACAAAUUUAAAAGGAAAGAUAACAGCAAUUGGGGACAAUGUUUAAAUGAUUCUUCAAGAUUUUACUUGCUCCAAGGAAGAAAAUCCCGUAUAUUUUCAGGAUAUGCGAACCCCAGUAAGCGACGAAUAUCCUCCAAAAGGUAUUAUUACAUAACCUUUGUAAAUUUGGAUGUUAUAGAAGCUCAAAAUGUAAAUGCAUGGUUUACGGCACAACGUUGGAUUAUAUGUUGUUCUCCCCUUGAAAGUUUACGAAGAUGUAGCCAUUUUGUUAUUACAAGUGUUGACCCAUCCUUAUGGCACACCUGUGGGGUUGAUGACGUCCUCAGCUCAACGUUUCAAAAAAAAUUCAGUGAACGGCGGGCUUAUAUCUUUGGAAUACACUUACCAGACAAUUUCCUCAUGUAAUCGAUUAGAAGGGUAUAUGACCUUCAAACUUGAAAUUAAGGAUAUCAUCUUCAAACUUCUUUCUUUCUGUUCAUAACGCACAUUCACAUUCA